AUGUCUCUGAGUUUUGGCAUAACCUCGUCGGAGCGCACUGACUCUGAAAACUAUUUUGACGAGGAUGAUCUUGAAUCACUGAUUUCUAGCUCACCAAGUGCAUAUACCCAUACUUUUACCUCACCAGCUCCAGAACAACGCGAGAACCAGCACGACUUGAAGAACAUCCGAGUCCUUGCUGCAGAUCCAAAGAAAAUUACUCAUAUAAAGACACCUCAACUUCCGAUCGAGGUCGUGGAUUACAUCGCUUUUUUCCUAUUCGACUCUUGCCCAUCUGGUUGCUUCUUCCAUAUCCGCUCGUUCUCUCUGGUCUGUUCUCAGUUUAGACACGUUGCUCUGCGUCGUUAUUUUUCUUCCAUUCGCAUUGCGUCUGCAAAGCAACUUGCUGCAUAUACAAAUUUUCACUUUUCAUUGGUUUCCCGCAAUGCCCUGGGCGACAAUGUUGGAUUCGACUACGUCAAGUGCGCUUGCUCGAACCUGAAACACCUUAUGAUUUCUUUCUCGUCGGACGGAAGGCAAUCUCAGACAACCCGACUCAAGCGCAUCUUCUCCCCACCAGCAAUCCUCCUGACUCCGUGGUUCCCUCCUCAGCUGACGUCUCUCACAAUGACAAAACUCUGGCGAAUUGACGUACCUUUGUUGAGAACCAUUGCAUCUGCGUUUUCUUCUGUGAAGACCCUGCACCUCAGUUGCUCGGAACAGCUAGACGUCUCCUGCUGCUGGUCUUGUUUUGAAGAAAGCUCAACUGCAGUCGUGCACUCGCCAAUCCCGAAUUACUUCAAUGACAUCACGAAAUUGACGGACAACUUUGCGGAUUCGCUGGAACCACUAACCCAGUUGACUGAUAUUUACUUUGGCAUCUUUCUGUCGGACGAGGAAAUGGUGGAAAAGCACAUCGAACACUACGGCACCCCAUUAGCCUUCGACCAUACGCCCCGAAUAGCGUCCAGCAGUCCUAAAGUUGCAUCUCCACUCACUGGAAACAUCCUCAGUCAAUUGGAAACCGAGACUACCACUGGACUCAUAUCAUAUUCAGUAGAUCAAGAUGACAAAAAAGAAGACCCUCACUCCGGAGUCUGUACCGAAGAUCUGCCCUUUCCUCACGGCCCAGAGCUCUGCCGCACAUGCGAGCUCAUCGGAUCCGCCUCCAAGGUACGCACACGAGAGCUGGAGGCAAGUCUCGCGCUCGCAAGAAAAAUCAAAACAUUGCGCACGGUUAGCUGGAGUUCAUUCUUCACAUCUCAGGUCUUCGAACCAGACGACAACAAGGUCGGCGAUUGGCGUAGGAAGACUACGGUUUACAUUCUACGCGCGAAUGGGAGAGUGCGAGUGCGUAGGAGACCUUGGUAA